CUCUCGUGGAGGCCAGGACCGCCACCUCGAGCACCCGAGGGAGUCUGGGUCUCCUCCCGCGCCCUGCUCAUCAACACUCCGGGAACCCAAAGCUUGGCUCUCUUCCUCCUGGAGCUCCGACUCCCGACCCCAGCGUCUCAGCUUCAGGGUCCCUGAACACUUCGGUUCCCAAGACCUCGCGCGCCUGGGUCCUCGGCUCCCGGAGCCAGCCGCGCGUCCCGGACCUGCAUCACCGGGACCCAGCUCUCUACAGAUUGGCCCCUUCUCCCCGGACCCGGGGCACCCUCAGAAGCCAAGUUCUCCACGUGGCAUACUGAGAAACUCCAGUCUCCCCAACUCUUUCAAGGGGCAGGAAACUCCGGAGCAUCCAACACAGCUGGAAAGAACUGAGGAACUCCCCGCCUUGCCAACUUCCCGGAGCCCCAGGGGCCUUUUCGGCGUCGCCAAGUUCCACCUCCGGGCACCCAGGAGAAGGGGACGUCCCGGGAAGGAUCCUCUAGCGUUCUCAGCUUCCACGCGCUCCGUGAACCCCCAUCAUGCUGACCGAUCCUCCCAAAGCAGACCCCAAAAGACUGGCGGCCACUAAGCCCACCGCCAACGGGAGCCUGUCGCAGGACCCCAGGGAGAGUGAAGGCGCGGCGGGCGGCUGCUGCCGCUCUUGGGCCCAGGUGCGCCGCUGCCUUCGAGCCAACCUGCUGGUGCUGCUCACAGUGGCGGCCGUGGUGGUCGGCGUGGUGGUGGGGCUGGCAGUGUCCGGGGCGGGCGGCGCGAAGGUGCUGGGUCCCGCGCGCCUGGCCGCCUUCGCCUUCCCGGGUGAGCUGCUGCUUCGCAUGUUAAAGAUGAUCAUUUUGCCCUUAGUGGUGUGCAGCCUGAUCGGGGGCGCCGCCAGUCUCGACCCCAGUGCGCUCGGCCGCCUGGGCGCCUGGGCGCUGCUCUUUUUCCUGGUCACCACGCUGCUCUCCUCGGCGCUCGGCGUGGGCUUGGCUUUGGCGCUGCAGCCGGGCGCCGCCUUCUCCGCCAUCAACACCUCCGUCUCGGCCGCGGGCAAGGACGAGAAGAUUCCUAGCAAGCCGGUGCUGGACUCCUUCCUGGAUCUUGUGAGAAAUAUCUUUCCGUCCAACCUGGUGUCUGCAGCCUUCAGAUCCUACUCCUCUUACUGUGAUGUCCAAGACUUCAACGAGACCAUGGGGAAGAUGCCCGAGGGGUGCGAGGUGGAGGGCAUGAACAUUCUGGGCCUGGUGGUCUUUGCCAUCAUCUUCGGCGUGGCCCUGCGCAAGCUGGGCCCCGAGGGCGAGUUGCUCAUCAGCUUCUUCAACUCCUUCAACGAUGCCACCAUGGUGCUGGUCUCCUGGAUCAUGUGGUACGCGCCCCUGGGCAUCCUGUUCCUGGUGGCCAGCAAGAUCGCAGAGAUGGAUGACGUAAUGCUGCUGUUCACCAGCCUGGGCAAGUACAUUCUGUGCUGCCUGCUGGGCCACGCCAUCCACGGGCUCCUCGUGCUGCCCCUCAUCUACUUCCUCUUCACGCGCAAGAACCCCUACCGCUUCCUGUGGGGCAUCAUGAUGCCACUGGCCACAGCCUUCGGGACCUCUUCCAGCUCCGCCACGCUGCCGCAGAUGAUGAAGUGUGUGGAGGAGAAGAAUGGUGUGGCCAGACACAUCAGCCGCUUCGUGCUGCCCAUUGGGGCCACAGUGAACAUGGACGGCGCGGCGCUCUUCCAGUGCGUGGCCGCUGUGUUCAUAGCCCAGAUCAACCAGCAGUCUCUGGACCUCAUGCAGAUAAUCGUCAUUCUGAUCACGGCCACGGCUUCCAGCGUCGGGGCGGCGGGCAUCCCAGCUGGCGGCGUCCUCACCCUGGCCAUCAUCCUGGAAGCCGUCAACCUCCCUGUCAGAGAUAUCUCCCUGAUCCUGGCCGUGGACUGGCUUGUGGAUCGUUCCUGCACCAUCAUCAACGUGGAAGGGGACGCCUUCGGGGCGGGGCUGCUGCAGCACUACGUGGACCGGGCCAAGGGGCACAGCUCCAUCCCAGAGCUGCUGCAGGUGAAGAGUGAGAUGCCCCCCAGCUCGCUGCCAAUCCCCACCGAAGAGGGCAACCCCUUGCUCCAACACCAGCCAGAGUCCGCUGGAGACGCCGCGGCCUGUGAGAAGGAGUCGGUUAUGUGACCAGCGCCUGUGCCCAACGCCGCCCCCACUGGGGUGCCACUCCGCCUUUCCGGAUCACAGGAGAAAGAUGUGUGGACCAAUGGUGAUGGUCCCCUGGGACAGUCACUGCCUGGCCAGGAGAUUUGGAGGUCUCACUGUG